AAGAUAUUUUCCGCAUCUGCCUCUUUACGAAAUGUCCAUUGCCAAGAUCGACAACCGUCCUCAAUGGCUCAAGGUGACCCAACCGUUCGCCUCAGGCGGGUUGGCGGGAUGCCUGGCUACCUGCUGCAUCCAGCCUAUCGAUAUGGUUAAAGUGAGGAUCCAAAUUGCGCCCCCUGGGGCAUCUAAGAACCCCUUCUCAAUAGCUUCUCAUAUAGUCAAAGAUGAGGGCUUUCUCCAUCUCUAUAAGGGCCUCGACGCAGGGAUAGUACGUCAGCUCACUUACACGACGACUCGAUUGGGGGUUUUCCGUCUAACAUCAUCGUUCUUGCAAAAGCCUGAUGAGAAGACCCUCCCCUUCUGGAAGAAGGCCUUUGCUGGUCUUUUUGCUGGGGCUGUUGGCUCCUUCGUCGGCACUCCAGCUGACCUAGCUCUAAUUAGGCUUCAGGCUGAUGCAACUUUGCCUAUCGCCGAUCGUCGUAACUACAAAGGAGUAUUCGACGCGUUGAAGCAGAUCGUUCAGCAGGAGGGCGUGACAGGCCUCUGGGCGGGCUCCCUCCCCACUGUCGUCAGGGCCAUGGCUCUUAACGUUGGCAUGUUGUCAACCUUCGAUCAGGGCAAGGAGUAUUUCACCGCUAAGUUCGGCCCCGGAUGGGCAGCAACCCUUACCGCGUCAGCUUGCUCUGGCUUUGGUGCUGCGUUUAUGUCCUUGCCCUUCGAUUUCGUGAAGACUCGCAUUCAGAAGAUGAAGCCCGAUGUGAACGGCAUUAUGCCGUAUAAGGGCACUUGGGACUGCAUUGUGAAGACUAUGAAAACCGAAGGGCCCACCGCCUUCUAUAGAGGCUUCCCUACUUACUAUAUUCGUAUUGCGCCUCACUCGAUGUUGGUACUUAUUAUAGUCGACUCCAUCAACACUGCAGUCCAGAGGCACUAUAACAAGGUUGACCAGUAGUCUCUGAUAAGGGGCUGCGUAUGGAUGAUGAGUAGUACUAUUGCGCCGUAGAGUCGCUUGCUGGGCUAAGGCCGUAUUCUUCGAUAGAAGUGACCAUGGUGUGGUAUCACUCUAAUUAUCAGCAAACAAGUGUCAACCACAAGCCCGAGCGAUAGCCCCUAACUGCUACUAUUAUAACGCCUUCUUCUUCGUCUCGUCGUCGUCGUAGUCGCUGUCGGGCUGCCCAUACUCCCACCAAUGCAGCAUCAGCCAACACCUUUACCAUUAAUAGGUCUACAGCAGUUACUGGUCUAACGGUUGACGUUUCCGU